AUGCAAUCAUUAGCGAUAUGUGCUCGAUUAGUUGCACGCGCUGUUAGUGGUACAGAAGCUGAAAAUUUUUUAUAUAAUAGUUUACUACGAUUAUCAACAUCAUCAUCUGUACAUAAUUCACAGUCUUCAAGCCGUCUUGCUAUACCAUCAUCACCAGCAAUAACACGUGCGGUACAUCUCGUCACUGCUACAUCAGGUUAUUCAGGUCAUGAUGAUGAUGAAGAUGAUAAAGGACAUUUGAGAAAAAAAAAGAAUUCAACAAAAAUACCAAGAUCAAACCGUCCAAAUGUUAAUGGUGAUGAUGCAUAUUUUGUAGCUAAAAAUCGACUAGGAGAUUUUCUUGGUGUUGCUGAUGGUGUUGGUGGUUGGCGUGAACAUGGUAUUGAUCCUUCUUUAUUUUCAAGUUCAUUAAUGGAAGCAUGCAAAUCUCUUGUUGAUAAUAAACUUAUUGAUUUAAAUCCUGUAACAUUAAAAGAAUUACUUUCAAAAGGUUAUCAACAAUUAUUAGAAAAUAAACAAUGUAUCGUUGGUAGUAGUACUGCAUGCAUUGUGGCAUUACAUAAAGAAAAAAGUAUUUUACAUACAGCAAAUCUAGGUGAUAGUGGAUUUGUUAUUAUAAGAAAAAAUAUCAUAGUACAUCGAUCACAAGAACAACAACAUUAUUUUAACUCACCUUUUCAAUUAGCUAUUCAUCCAGCAAUAAAAGAUCAACGUUUAAUUGCUGAUAGUCCUGAUUCAGCAUCAAUUACAUCAUUUAAUGUUGAAGAAAAUGAUUGUAUUCUUAUUGCUACUGAUGGUCUAUGGGAUAAUGUACCAGAUUCAACUAUACUUGAAGAAGUUAAAAAAAUUACAGAGCCAACAUUAGAUAAUUUACAACUAAUAGCACAUGCUUUAGCUAAACGUGCAUUAGACAAUGGACAUGAUCCAAAUUUUUAUUCGCCAUUCGCUAAAAAUGCUAAACGAUCAUUGGGCAUCAAUAUUUGUGGUGGAAAACCUGAUGAUAUCACCGUAUUACUUGCAGUUGUAACAUCAAAAUGCUGA